CCACUAGGAAGGUCUAAGUGAUACCAGUAUGAUGACUGAAAGGGUGGAGUUGCCAGCAGAGGGGACUUCCUUGAUAAGAGCUGUCUAUCAAAGCCGUCUGCGCCUCACCAGACUGCUAUUAGAGGGUGGUGCCUACGUCAAUGAGAGCAAUGACAGAGGUGAAACCGCUUUAAUGAUUGCUUGUAGAACAAAGCAUGUGGACUCCCAGAGUGUCAGCAAGGCAAGGAUGGUUAAAUACCUACUGGAAAACAAGGCUGAUCCGAACAUACAGGACAAAUCUGGGAAGACAGCCUUGAUGCAUGCUUGUUUAGAAAAAGCAGGCCCUGAAGUAGUGUCUCUGCUACUGAAAAGCGGAGCUGACCCAAGCCUGCAAGACCAUUUCAAUUGCUCUGCACUUGUGUAUGCAAUACACUCUGAAGACAAAGAGACGCUGGAAAUUCUUCUACAUGCCUGCAGGGCUCGAGGAAAAGAAGUCAUCAUCAUCACAACAGACAAGUCCCCAUCAGGAAGGCAGAAGACAAAGCAGUACCUAAACAUGCUUCCUGCAGUCCUUGAGGAACGCCACAGCCCGCCUGCUUGCACUUCCCCAUCAGAAAUAGAACUGAAAACGUCUCCAUCCCCACUUUCAAGUUCAGAUCAAAUCAAAAGAGCCCUAUUUGACUUUAAGCAGCUGGAUCAUCCACAGCGUGUGGACAACUCAUCUCAGACAGCUUCAGUGGUGAGAAAAUCCAGCUCAACAAAAGCAGGAUCCAAGCUGGUGCCAAUACAGUGGCUACAGUCUGAACCUUGGAUAAAGAGCUCCCCUUCACUGUUUCGCCAGAAAAAAAAUACCUCUGUAAAAAAACUUCAGGAUAUUACUCCAGAAGAGCAACUCUCUUUUAAAAUUGGUGGCCUUACCUUAAUGAAGAGAUUCAUCACCAGGCACCAAAGUAUUGACAUAAAAGACACUGCUCAUUUACUGAAAACCUUUGAUCAAUCUAAGUCAAGGAAAUUAUCCUAUAAAGAGCUAAGCCCUCAGACCCCAGGUGUUGAAGAGAAACAUAACCCCAAUAGGAUUCUUGCAGGUAAGGAUGCCAGUUCAGGACAUACUGGCUUUAUUUCAAACCUCAGCAGUAUUAUCAAAAAAAGAAAUUCAGGAGCAAAUCAGUGCAGCUCUGAUUCUCAGUUAACUACUAAUCUAAUGUCUUCUGCUACAGCAGGACUUAAGUCAGUGACAAGAAAGAAAAAGAUUCUCUCUCCACCUCGCUCUUUGUUAUCAGGGUCCAGAGAAGUACUGGAGAACACACCUCCUGUUAUUUUCAGCGGGAGAAACCAGCCUUUCUCAGAAAGACAGGGUUCGGGAACUGUGUUGUUGAAUCACGUUGCUCAGACAAGACCAGGUUUUCUUCCACCACUGAAUGUAAGUCCUCAACCCCCAGUUUCAGAUACUACUUUCAUAAACGGAGUUUCUGGGAUGAUUUCCUGUGGACAAAAACACUUAGUACCAGUAGCACCUCCUUUACCUAAGGACACCAAAAUAGAAAAACGCUGAUAAGAAGGCAAUCAUUAUGGACUUACCAGAUUAAGCAAUUAGUGAAUUUUUAACAGGGGAUAAAAGGGUUACAAAACCUUUACAAUACGUACAUAUACACCACACUACCUGAUUGUUAUGAUACAUAUCACAAAACAUAGGAGACCUGUGAUGUAAAGCUCACUGCCUUAGAAUGAGUUACUAUAUGAAAAGAUGGACUUAACCAAUGAUGCUGCUUUCUGCAAACUGGGGAUUAUUAAUUCUGUCAAAUAAUUUUUAUUAAUCUGUUGAACACAUUUGUAAUGUUUUUGCCGUGAGCACUGAUAUCUUACCUAUGACAGCCCAGGUCUUAGGCACUGCAGUUCUCUUUUUAGGUUCGAAACACUAAGCCUCCUAGAUUCACCUAAACAUGUCUCCUUGCUGCACCCAGAAAGGUGGUAGUGGAAUGUGGGGACUAGAAGUGUUUGACUGUGAUGCUGGACACCAGACUGACUGUCUAAGCUGUGCAAUAUCCAGAACUACUAGACCCAACCAGUGUUUCUGGGUUAGGCAGAGGCAACUGUACAUGGGCAGUGUCUCCUGGCUUCAGUGGUUUUACUGCAUGUAAACAGACAAUGCAUGGAGUCAGCAAACUCCAUGCUGCAGAGCUCUGUUGCACACUUAGCUAUGUGUAGAGAAUUCCAGCUAAAGGCUUCAAGCCUGCUUUAGACUACUGGCUGCCCCCUGGAAGUCAGUGUGACCCACAAAGAAUGGGACAGCUCAUGUUCAGCACACAUCACUUGAGAGAUGAGUCAAGAAGCUAGCACAGUGAACAAGAAGUCCUGAGCAAACUCAUGCAAAAUGACCAAACACUGCUCACUGUCAGUUAGGCAUGCCAAUCAUCUUGGGCUUCUCAAGCUAUGGGACUGCUGGGAGCUGCUCAUCUAAAAAGAGAAAGGGUGUGGGAAGGCAGAGGUCAUAUCUAAACUAGAGUCCUUAA